AGCACCUGGCUCCUGCCUUCAUAUCAGCGCAGUGCGCCAGUCGCAGCGCACCGGCCGCGGCGGCCAUUGGAGGGUGAACCAACGGCAAAAAAGGAAGACCUUUCUCUCUGUCUCUCUCUAUAUCUCACUGUCCACUCUGCCUUUCAAAAAAAAAAAAAGAACAAGACCAUAUCUUUUCCUGAGUGUGCCACACAGAUGUUUUUCUUCUUUGGCUUGGGGGGCAAUAACUGCUUCAUCUUGGCUGCUAUGUCCUAUGACCGUUACACAGCCAUCCACAACCCACUGCAUUAUCCCAUCCUGAUGACCCGUAAGGUCUGGUUUCUACUCAUGAUGGCCUCUUGUAUUGUUGGGAUCCUAAUUUCUCUGUGCAUCAUCACCAUUGUAUUCAACUUGUCCUAUUGUGAUUCCAACAUGGUCCAGCAUUUCUUCUGUGACAUUGCACCUGUGGUUCACCUUGCUUGUGAUUACACUUCCUAUCAUGAAAUGGCUAUAUAUAUGCUCUCUGCCUUUGUAUUGUUAGGCAGUUUUGUUUUAAUUAUGGUUUCCUAUGUCUUCAUAAUUACCGUAAUUAUGAAGAUGCCCUCUACAGAAGGAAGGUAUAAGGCCUUCUCAAUCUGUUCCUCCCACUUCACUGCGGUGUCCAUACACUAUGGAUUUGCUUGCUUUGGCUAUCUGAGGCCCAAAGACAGUGACACAUUCCGUGAAGACAUGCUGAUGGCUGUGACAUACAUGGUUCUAACACCACUGCUUAAUCCCAUCAUUUAUAGCCUUAGAAACAAAAAAAUGCGAACAGCUCUAAAGAAAGUUCUAGACAAUGGCAAUCAAUUUGUCCUCCAUCUGGCAAAUAAAAGAGAACAGAGCAUUUAAAAAUUUCUGGU